AUGAGAUGUGUACGUGUUGAUCAAGACCCCGAUGCAGGGACGAUUUUUUACCAGGAUCCAUGGGUGAAACGAGCAUCAGAAGAUCUCGUUAUACUGAACUUGGGCAGUAUGCCGCUUGCCAUAACCGUCCGGUGGCCGGCAGAUCCCUGUCGUUUCACCGGUCUGGGAGGCAAUACCUCACAUUCUCCACUUGGGCGUUGUUUAUGCUGUCUUUGGCAUUGGUUUCCUGCUUGCUUCAUUGCUAGGAUGAUCUUCGAACUUUGCUAG